AUGAUUACCGUGAAUAAGGACUCGGAGGUGAUGACCAACUACGUGGCCGCCAACCCGGUCCCGGCUGGCGAGGCGUUCGGGGUCUUCCACGACCAGCAAUGGCAGCCCGCCGUGUUCGCCCUGGGAGAAGACAGCAUCCUCAGCCUGAUUAUCACCGUGGGCCGUGAGCCGAAGAAAUUCGACUUUGCCAAGCUGUCAGGCCUCUUCUCCGUAGAUGUCAAGGUACAAGCGUUUGCCGUCCUACAGGCACCGGACGGCAGUCUGGAUAUCUGCAUUGCUACGAAAGCGAGCGAUACAACCUCAAACUUUUAUUUACUGCAUAACAUCACCUUGGACGAGAUCUUGGGCACGAUGCCAUCGGCCAAAGUCAUUCAAGGCGUCUUCCCGACUGUGGACCAUAUCUACAUGGGUCAUAAACCAAGUGAUGAGGCACGAGCACUACCACUGGUCACGGUAGCGUUUCAACGACCGGAUAGGUUGACCAAGACAGAGGAUCUCAACUACGUCAAGAUCGAGGGGAAGAAGGCCACCUUGGUGGACCACUGGAGCCUGCCGGUCAAUCCGGAAAAGAUUCUCGAUGUAACCCUGGUCACCUGUCUGUUGGGCGAUGGGGUGAUGGUCCUCUACCAAGGGUUCUCCGGGGAGAAGUUUCUGGUGUUCAAGGUGCUGGCCGCGGACGACGAGGACAGUGUUGGGUUCGAGGUUCAGGUUCCCUGUCCGGAAGCCUUUGUAUUAUGGCUUAACGCCUUGAACACCUUAAUUGAUGUCUGGUAUCCACUUUUAGGGGCGACCUGCUUGGCUUCGUUCCUGGACCCGGCGAAAGGGUGGACGGUCGUGCUGGUGGGCGGCAAGGAGAUCACCGCGUUGGCCUACAAGGAUUACAGCUCCCAUAAGACCAGUGCCGGCACGGUGAUCGACAGGCUGAAGCAGAUCAGCGACCUCAAGGAUCUGCACGUCUCGCAGACCGGGGAGAGCCUCCGGCUGUGGUAUACCACCGCGACCGACGCGGUCUACUACUACACCACCAAGACUACGGCUCUCUCCGAGGGUAUCGUGAUUCCUCUCCUCGCGAAAGGACAAGGCGGCCGGAUCUCCAGCCUUCUGUCCAGCCGACCCGCCGACGGGGAUAACAAGCUUCUAGUCAGCAGUCUGCUGUCGGUGGACGAGACCGGAAACCUGUCCCUCCUGCAGCAGGACCCUGCCUCGCAGGUGUGGCAGCAGUACCCGUUCUGGCACGCUUCCGAAGAGACAAUCACCGAAGUAAAAGGAUUGAUGGUCCGUCUACACACGACGGUCACCAACGAUAGUGACGGGGACGCGGCCGACCUCCUCCCCGGGUGCUGGCUGCGUGUGAGCUGUUCCGGCCUCGUUCGGUGUAUCGUCAACGGUCACCACACGACUCUCUCGCCCACAGCGGAGUGGUACCAGACCGAUGCCAAAGGUGUCCUGAAUAUCCUUUUGCAGACUGACGACGCCACGAUCCAUCAGUUCGCCGCCGAAGCCUACCGCCGCGCGCAGAAACCUUCGCAGUCGGUGUCGUUGUCGUCGGCGGCAGCGGCCGAACGAGCCCUAACGGAUCCGAUCCUGGACCCAUCCCGUAAGAUCCUCCCCAAGAUCCAGGACAUCAAAACCGGCGACCAAGUCAAAAAUCUCAAGACAGCGGAUGGGACGCCGUUGUUCGAGAAAGCCCCCGACGAUCCGGACGGCGUUGCCAAGAUCUUCCAAAAGCUCGUCGCCAGUGCAAAUGAUCUCCAUGCCCAGGAGAAACAAAAGCUACAGACAUACCACGCAGCGAUUGCCUCUCCGAGCAGCAGUACCCCCGUUCCUUAUGGGUUCUGGUCCGAUAUAGGGGACGCCCUUAGUGGAGCGUGGCAUUGGCUCACCUCGGUUGCAGAGGAUGUCUGGCAAUGGACCUGCGAUGUGGUCGGCGGCGUGUGGAAGUUUAUCGUCAAGAUCGGCGAGGAGAUCUUUGAGAUCGCCCUCAACACCAUCACCUCAAUCGUGAAGGGCGUCAUCUGGGUGUUCAAGAAGAUCGGCGCCGUCAUCAAGGAUAUCAUCGAGUUUAUCAGUUUCUUGUUCGAGUGGGGCGAUAUCCUUGACACAACCGACAGUAUCGCCGCCGGGUUCAACGCGGCCCUGGAAUACGGCAAGGAGGCGCUGGACGCGGCGGACCUCGACGCGCACAAGUGGUUGGAGAACGUCCGCUCCACGAUCCUGCAGAACCUCACCUCCCUUCAGUCAAACGACUACAACGGAGCGCGGCUGGGAGGCAGCAAUAGCAACAACAAGAAGACCACGGUCGCAGCCAGCACGGCCGGUGGUGAUGCAGACGGCAAUGCAGACCAGGGCGCCGACGAGGAUGAGGUCAAGGCGGCCGUGCCCUACAACUGGUCGGCGUACUACUUCACCUACGGCGGCGGAACGACGAAUGCGGUGCUCCACGACGACAGCACCACCACCGCCUUCGCGACAGGGGGCACGACCGAAGACCAACUGGUGAAGCUGUGGCAGGACGUGCAGGACGAGGUGCAGAUCAUCAUGAAGACGGUGACGAAUGUGGCCAAGGAUCUGGUCGAAUUCUUCAACCCGGCCAACUUCAGCGUGCGGGAGGUCAUGGCCAAGGUGGGCGUGGACCUGGUCAAUGGGAUGAUCGACGCGGUGGAGAAACUGGCCGACAUCCUGUUCGAUGCCCUGAAACUGGGUAUCGACCUCGUGCAGGACCUGGCGACCAAGGAGAUCAACAUCCCCGUCAUAACGUGGCUCUGGAAGAACGUGAUCGCCCGGGGCCGGCCCCUGACGCUGCUGAACCUCUGCGCGCUCUUGAUCGCGAUCCCGACCACCGUGCUGUACAAAGCGAAGAAGAAGCGGGCGCCGCCCAAGUUAUCUGGGCGGUUGACGAAGGGCACUUUCGGCCAGUACGUGCAGGGCCAGGGCGACGCUUCGCUCGCGGCGGAUAUCCGAGGGUUCAGUGUCGCCGCGGAGUCGGGCGUGCUCCUCAUCGAGACGGAGUUCGACGUGCUUUCGCUGGGGCUGGAUGGCGCCUUCGAGGGACUCGGCCUUGAAACAUCCGCCGCCUACUCUUCUGGACUGACCACCGACUCACUGGACACCAAACACGCUCUCAAAUAUGCAGGCUGGGCCCUCGGGGGCGCCAAGUUCACCGCCAGCACCGUAGUCAAACUAGUGAGCAAGAAGAUGAAGCUAGAGCGACCGGUGGUCAAGCGGUGGAAGGGGACGGUCAGCGCCGUGCUGUCGGUGCCAUCGCUCUGCCUCAAACUCACGAGCGAUAUUAUGGACGCCACCGCAGCGGAAAAGAACGAGGUGCUGAUCGUUAACGGGUUUAUCGAGACCAUCGCCGGGUUCGCGGGCACCUGGGGCAAAGCCGUGGCGCAGUGGAAUGACGAGCUCGAGAACUAUCUCAUGUAUAUCGGCUUGGCCGUCUACCAGGUCUGCCGGGUGGUCAAGUACGGGUUGAAGACCUGGUCUUCUUGA